CUGAAACCUGCACAAGUGAAGCAUUUUGGUUGUACAGUCAACACAGAAUUUUUUUGGCUACUUGCUAAGCAAGAUUCGUAUGGACCCACUCUACCGGAUAUCCCGCACGAAGUUGACGAAGAUGAUGUGUGCAUGAAAAUUGUUAAUUUAAUUAAAGAAGAGGAAUCGUUGGGAGCCACAAUCAAGUUGAAUGAGCGGACCGGAGCCGUACUCGUGGCCAGAGUUUUGCAUGGUGGCGCGGCAGAUCGAAGCACAGCAAUUGACGUGGGCGAUGAGAUCCAGGAGAUCAAUGGUGUGCCGGUACGUGGUCGCGAUCCGAUGGAAGUUAUUCGAAUGUUGGUAAGCUAUUUUCUGUGUAUCAAUCUCCAUGUUCGAACACUUUUCUCCUACAGUCCCAAGUCCGAUUCACUGAUCCCAUGCCCCCAAGCUGGUCUGGCGUUUUUACGCGGUGAGAUUUUGCGUCUGGCUAACACGGACGAUCCGAACUGGUGGCAAGCGGUCAAAGUUGAAUUUGCACCAAAUGGUCCUGUGUCCUCACUUCUGACCUCAACUGCUCCGCAAGCUGGUCUGGGCAAAACCGGACUGAUUCCUAGCAAAGCGCUGAAAGAAUGGUAUGUAUAA